GUGUCCAGACAUAAUGGUAAGGAACAAAAUGGUGCAAUACAAAAUGGUAACGUAGUAAAACGAGACAAAUGAUAUACAGAAGUAGGGUUGGGGUUUUCGGACCGGGCCGAUCGAGUUAUUUUUGUCGGGCCUCGUCUUUGUCGGGCCAGACCGACCGAGUCUUCUUCGGACAACUUGACUCAUGUUCGGAACAACUUGACUCACAACGGUGGAAGGAACUCCCAUUUUCAGAACAACCUUCCCCGUUCUCGGAACAACUUUUCUUGUUCUCGGACCGACAUCUUCCGUAAUCGGUACAACAUCCCUCGUUGCCGUAGAAACAUUCCUAGUUGUUGGAACAACAUUACCCGUUUCGCGCU